GCGGCGGCGGCGGCGGCAGCGGCGGCGACUUCCUCCGGGCCGGGCCGGACAGCGCAGGGCCAUGGCCGAGGCGGCCGCGGCUCCGAUUUCUCCGUGGACGAUGGCGGCUACAAUUCAGGCCAUGGAGAGGAAGAUCGAAUCGCAGGCUGCCCGCUUGCUUUCCCUAGAAGGUCGUACUGGCAUGGCCGAGAAGAAGCUGGCCGACUGCGAGAAGACGGCCAUGGAAUUCGGGAACCAGCUGGAGGGCAAGUGGGCCGUGCUGGGGACCCUGCUGCAGGAGUACGGGCUGCUGCAGAGGCGGCUGGAGAACAUGGAGAACCUGCUGAGAAACAGGAACUUCUGGGUCCUGCGGCUGCCCCCAGGCAGCAAGGGGGAGGUCCCCAAGGAGUGGGGCAAGCUGGACGAGUGGCAGAAGGAGCUCUACAAGCACGUGAUGAGAGGCAACUACGAGACGCUGGUCUCCCUGGACUACGCCAUCUCCAAGCCCGAGGUCCUCUCCCAGACUGAGCACGGGAAGGAGCCGUGCAGCUGGCGCCGCGCUGGCCCCAAGGUCCCUGACGUCCCUGUGGACCCGAGUCCAGGCUCGGGGCCCCCAGUUCCUGCCCCUGACCUCUUAAUGCAGAUCAAGCAGGAGGGCGAGCUCCAGCUCCAGGAACAGCAAGCUCUGGGGGUAGAGGCUUGGGCUGCCGGACAGCCAGGCAUCGGGGAGGAGCCAUGGGGCCUUGGCCAGCUGGAUUCCGGAGCAGGAGACGUCUCUACUGAUGCUGCCUCUGGCGUCCACUCCAACUUUUCAACCACUAUCCCACCGAAUUCCUGGCAGGCAGACCUCCCUCCACACCAUCCGUCCUCUGCAUGCUCAGAUGGGACUCUGAAGCUCAACACGGCGGCCGCCACGGAAGCAGAUGUAAAAAUUGUGAUAAAGACAGAAGUCCAGGAAGAGGAGGUGGUGGCCACACCAGUGCACCCUACUGACCUAGAGGCCCACGGCCCCCUAUUUGGACCAGGCCAAGCCACAAGGUUUUUCCCCAGCCCUGUCCAGGAAGGAGCCUGGGAGAGCCAGGGCGGCUCCUUCCCCAGCCAGGACCCUGUGCUGGGGCUGAGAGAGCCAGCCCGGCCUGAGCGGGACAUGGGUGAGCCCAGCCCCGCGGUGGCCCAGGAUGAGACCCCUCCAGGGGACUGGCUCUUUGGGGGGGUCCGGUGGGGAUGGAAUUUCAGGUGUAAACCUCCUGUGGGCCUCAACCCGAGGACUGGGCCUGAGGGGCUGCCCUACUCCUCCCCUGACAACGGAGAGGCUGUGCUCGACCCAGGCCAGGCCCCGAGACCCUUCAGUGACCCCUGUAAAUACCCUGGCCGGACCAAAGGCUUCGGCCACAAGCCAGGCCUGAAGAAGCACCCAGCCGCGCCCCCAGGGGGGCGGCCCUUCACCUGCGCCACGUGUGGGAAGAGCUUCCAGCUGCAGGUGAGCCUGAGCGCCCACCAGCGCAGCUGCGGGCUGCCUGACGGGGCGCCCGGGGCCACAGGGGCCGCGCGAGAUGGCAGUGCCCUGCGGUGCGGGGAGUGCGGGCGCUGCUUCACGCGGCCGGCCCACCUCAUCCGGCACCGCAUGCUGCACACGGGCGAGCGCCCCUUCCCCUGCACCGAGUGCGAGAAGCGCUUCACCGAGCGCUCCAAGCUCAUCGACCACUACCGAACCCACACGGGCGUGCGGCCCUUCACCUGCACCGUCUGCGGAAAAAGCUUCAUCCGCAAGGACCACCUCCGCAAGCACCAGCGCAACCACACAGCGGGGGCCAAAGGCCCGACUCGGGGCCAGCCGCUGCCCCCACUCCCGGCGGUACCCCCAGACCCCUUCAAGAGCCCUGCCUCUAAAGGACCCUUGGCCUCCACAGACCUUGUGACCGACUGGACUUGUGGCCUGAGUGUCCUGGGACCCACCGAUGGUGGGGACCUGUGAGGCACCCCCAGGAUGGCCGGGGCUGUCUCAGCCCUCUGACCCCUGCGGGCUUCAAGUGUAAAAAGUCCCAUUUUAGACGCCAGGGUGGUGGCAGACUCGUAGGGGCAGAAGUGGAGACUGGGAGAACCAAAUUUCCAAAUUGCUGAACUGAUCACUGGAAGAAAAGAAACUCGAACCGUGCAGCUUCCACCUCUACACCAAGUAGAAUUCUCUGAUUGUGAAACAGCACCAUAGAAUUAUAAGUAAUUUAAUUACGAAACUUUUAAAAAAAUUCUUUAAGAAGCUGGAAAAUAGUAGUAGCACGAGUUUAAACUUUCUUGCGUACUUUUGGUUUCUGGAGCUUGUGUUUACGUGGGCUUGUGUCCUUACCAAGUCUGACAGUCAGUGUGCUGGCAGGUUGGUUGGCUGGGGACACCGUGAGGACCUGGACCUCCCUUGGCCCCCCUGACUCCUAGGCCUGGGAUGGUCUUAGCACAGAGUUCCAGGGAAGCUGAGACCCCUGCUCUGCCCAAGGCCGGCCGGCCUGGGCCUAGGGCUCCAAGACCCCGGGCAGUGAGGCCAGCUGGGCACUGGGACCAACUCAUCCCAGCAGGGAGGAGGACAGGUCCAGGAGCAGCCAAGUCCGUUCCCAGCUUGCUCUCCAUCUGAAAAGGCCCCCAGCAGCGCUGGCCCUACUUGUGUUUCCCGAUUACGGGCAACCUGCUGCCCCUAUCGGAAGGGAGGUCAGUGGUGUCACCCUCUUCUGUGACUCCCGGGCCUCGUAAAGAUGGUUUGUCUGGAAACACAGUGUUAGUGCUGCAGAGGUGACGAGGUGGGGGCAGGGGGCACCGUCACCAGCUAGUUCCCAGCAGAGCCAGGAACAAAGCCUGGCCUGCCGACCCCACUGGGGGCUGCUUUCCACUCCAGUGAGAUGCUUCUGUUUCCUCUUUGUGUAGUGUUUUUUUCAUUGUCAAAAAUGCUUUCACAUCGCAUCUCAUUUGAUCGUUACUGUGACCUUGUGAAGCACACAGGGCAAGUGCUCCUUCUUCUUAGAGAUGAGGAAACACAUUACUCAAAGGGGACACAUCAGCCUUGCACCACAGGUGCGGGUGGGUGCCAGCAGUUAGGAAAAGCCUCAGGUUAGACACACCUCGUCCUCCUGGAACCGCAGUUUUGGGGAGGAAAGCGUUUCAUUUUUGCCCGCUUAGAAGAGUCGUCCCCCCUCUGCAUGAGCAAAAGCGUCAGGCGUCCGGCUUUAGCUGAGCCCCGGCCUCCCUGGUGUGUGUGCUCCCAGCGAGGUCUGAGAGGCUGGCUACGUACGGAUGGUGCCUGCUCCUUCCCCAGCUGACAUCCUAAAGGUGGAGUCAGACAUGGGUCCAGGCUGCUUGAUUUCACCGCAAUGCUGUCCCCGCCACACAGGUAUCCAUUCCCGUUUUGUCGAAGCUGCCACUGGGCCCCUUACCCGAAAGGGGUGACUUGUUUCCCCUUGGAGAAGAGACCAGGGCUGCCGUCCAUUCAGCUCCCCCAUGCGUACUUUUAUUAGGCAAUAGACUAGUUAAGAAAAUUGUUUCUAUGUACUGUAUAUUUUGUAUCUGUUUACACUUCUAAUUGAUAUAACUGAUAUUUUGAAAAACAAAUGAAGAGGAAACAUCCUGUUAAAAUAAAACCUAACCAGCACCAA